GGGCUGCAUCCCGGACGCGGCGGCGGGAGUUGUGGCAGGUGCGCGGCGGCGGCUGCGCCGCGCUGUCCGCCGCUUCUUCGCUGCAAGGCUCAGAGAGGCCUUCAGGGAGACGAAAAGCCACCCGAAAUGCGUCUCUGUGCACCCUCUGCUCCGUAACUUCUCCAGAGGUAAGAGGGGGGAAAAGACCUAUGCGGAAAGUUACAGGAAGCUCACUUCAAAAUCCAGUUUUCAGCUGAGGAAAGCCUGGUAGCUGCUCCGUAUAGAGCGCCUCCGAGCUUUGUUGCCCCCCACCUCUCCCAGGCCCCGUCACCAGCCCAACACCUGCAAGCUCCCAGCCGCGGCCACCAUGUCUCCAAUGAGAAGCUGGUAUCCAACUUAUCUAUUAGUAAUUGCCUCUCUGAUAGCAGCACCGUUCCAAAGCCAGGAGUGUUUGGUAAAGAAAAUGGAAAAUACCAUCAUCAACAUAAACUUAGCUCUCUCCAAAGGCGUCAAGGGUACAGAACCAGUUUAUGCUUCAACUCCAGAAGCUUGCAUAAGUGCUUGCUGCUUGGGAGAAAAACUAUCAGGAGACAAAAAGUGUAACUUGAUGAUUUUCGAUGCUCGAAGGACAAGCACACAUCCUAACUGCUACCUGUUUUAUUGCCCUAGCACAGAGGCCUGUCCAACAAAACCGGCUAUAGGACUUGUGAGCUACAAGAUAACUAGAGACACCCAUGCUCUGGAGCAUACAUCCAUCAAAAAUGUACACUCUUUGGAUGUUGAAGCCUUUAUUUCUCGCAGUCCAAUGAACAAUCUGAAUCAUACCACUGAUUUGCAACAAUCUGACUUUCAUCCAGCAGCUGCACUCCUGAACCACAUGGCCAAGCAUGUAGACAGUAGUGAAUUUCAUACAGCUUCGCCUGAAAUAGGAGGGGCAAAACAUACUGAGAGCUUAGACUCCACCCCACGACAGAAAGUAGAAAACCUGCCGCCAACAAAGGUGUCUUUCACAGUUCUAACUGGAAAACCCUCUGCUUUACUCCUCACAACUCAGUCUGGUGUCUCUGAACUCAGCAGUACCACCGCUGCUCCUCUGCCAAAGAGUGUCACCAGCUCUCAGCCAACUGCUGCUGAACUUGGUGCCCUUACCACCAGCACAGUGACCUUUCUACCUAGAGCUGAACCUGGCAGCCCAACUGCCAGUGUUUCUGCUACUCACAUUCCUCUUUCCAGCCCUAAAACUUCUGCUUCUACCGCUACAACCAAAUGGGUGACCACAAAUGACAGCACUGAGCCAAGGUGGAGAAGGUCAGCCACCCCUUGGGUGCCAGCAGCUGUCUCCUCCAAUGACACCAACCUCCUCUCUUCUUCAGAUUUCUCCAGGUCUAGUAAUGAGUCCCCUGUGCCUUUCCAAAAUAACCAUCAGGGUUAUGAACCAUCUGAUUCAAAAAGCUACUUGCUGGAGGGCCGUCUGAGGUGGGAGGAUGUUGUUCAGAUAGGAGAAAAAAGCAGUCUUGUAGCAGCGUUACUUUUUGGGGUGAUAUUCUUGUUAUUAGUUAUGGCACUGACAGGGAAGAAAGUCCAUGAAUCUCUUCAGAAGAGACAUUAUACAAGGCUGGAUUAUUUGAUCAAUGGAACGUAUGCAGAUGUGUGAUGGGAAGGGAGAGGGAAAUGUUCAGUUAGGAGCAAAGGUGUUUAUUGCUGAGAGAUCUGCUCUGAAACCGAGCAGUAGGUGCUGAAAUCUUAGAAGAGAAUGUAUUCUGUUUUGGCCUCAAAUGGGAAAGCAGCAGAUGGUUUUGGCUGGGAAGAGAACUCCUAUUUCUACACUGAGUUGUAAUAUAUAACAAUUAGUGUAUUACUAAAUCUUAAUAAUAAACACUCAGAUCCAAGGUAAGCUAAGAAGUUCUUUAUUUUAAGGAGAAAAAUCAUCUUUGUAUGGCUGAUAACAGUCAAACCUGCUGUGAGUUUCCUUGCUUCUGGAACAGAUGAAUGAGGGUGUGUUUAAGCAUGUAAUAUUUACCACACAACUUCCAGUUCCAUAUUAUUCACACUUUU